CUGACGUCACAAUCGGGGACUAGAAUCGUUACCGCAAGGGCACCGGCGAUUCUCGCACCGCACCCAAGCAGGAAAGCGAGAAGAAAAUCGCGUGAAAAGACGUUCGAGUGCGUUUUAGGUGCGUGAAAAGUGCGUCCAUCGCAUGUUCCGUGCACGAAACAGCCUCACAUGUUCAUAAUCAGUGUCCGAGUGAAUUUGUAUGGGUGUAAGCGGAUGUAUUCGUGAUUUUGUGACGACCAUAGGAUAGUAUAGCCAGUAGUGGAUCGGGACAGCCGAGGCCGAUUGGAAAAGCGUUCGUUGUGCCAUAGAGAGUGUUGGGCAGUAUGAACGAAUUGGAUUCUUUGAGACAAGAAGCCGAGACACUCAAAAAUGCCAUCAGAGAUGCCCGUAAGGCGGCGUGCGAUACGUCUUUGGUACAAGCGACUGCCAGCCUUGAGCCCAUCGGUAGGGUGCAAAUGCGAACUAGGCGCACUCUCAGGGGUCACUUGGCGAAAAUCUAUGCGAUGCACUGGGGUUCCGACAGUCGUAACCUCGUAUCAGCGUCCCAAGAUGGUAAACUCAUCGUCUGGGAUUCCCACACCACCAAUAAGGUUCACGCGAUCCCCUUGCGCUCCUCCUGGGUGAUGACGUGCGCGUACGCCCCCUCCGGCAGCUACGUCGCCUGCGGCGGGCUGGACAACAUCUGCUCCAUCUACAGCCUAAAGACCCGCGAGGGCAACGUCCGCGUGAGCAGGGAGCUGCCCGGCCACACCGGCUACCUGAGCUGCUGCCGCUUCCUCGACGACAACCAGAUCGUGACGAGCUCGGGCGACAUGAGCUGCGCCCUCUGGGACAUCGAGACCGGCCAGCAGGUGACGUCGUUCCUCGGCCACACCGGCGACGUUAUGUCGCUGUCGCUGUCGCCCGACAUGCGCACGUUCGUCUCGGGCGCGUGCGACGCCUCGGCGAAGCUGUGGGACAUCAGGGAGGGGCUGUGCAAGCAGACGUUCCCCGGACACGAGUCGGACAUCAACGCCGUCACGUUCUUUCCGAACGGCUAUGCGUUCGCGACGGGCAGCGACGACGCCACGUGCAGGCUCUUCGACAUCCGGGCCGACCAGGAGCUGGCGAUGUACAGCCACGACAACAUCAUCUGCGGGAUCACGAGCGUGGCGUUCAGCAAGUCGGGCCGGCUGCUGCUGGCCGGCUACGACGACUUCAACUGCAACGUGUGGGAUUCGAUGAAGACCGAGAGAGCAGGUAUCCUAGCGGGCCACGACAAUCGAGUAAGCUGUCUAGGCGUCACAGAGAACGGCAUGGCGGUAGGAACAGGAUCUUGGGACAGUUUCCUGCGCAUUUGGAACUAGACAGUGUUGCCAAAAAUUAAAUGUAAUUAUUCGUAUCUCACCUGCAUCACAAUAUUCUUUUUCGUUCUUUUCCAAGUAUAUCUUCCAUGCCGCAAGCAUUUAAAACUAAAGUCACAGUAACACUUUUUUAUUUCCAUUUUUGUAUUAUAGGAUUUUAUCUGUUAUAGUCGUUCUUGUUCUUGCUUAUUAGUCUUCAUUUUUAUAUAAAUAUGUAGUUUGUGAUUACUUGUUUAUUUGUAAGGUACUAUUUGUUAUAUAUGAUUUUCUUUGUCAGAAGUCCAGCUUCUACAUGUAUUUAUUACGAGUAUUUUAGAGAAAAAAAAAAGUUUAAUGUGAAAAUUAUUUAAUAAAACAGUAUUUUUAGUUCUCUUUUUUUUAUUUUAUUUUUUUUUUCGUUCUUUUAUUUUCAUGUGAUGUGGGUGAGAUUGAACAAUCGAGGAAUCAGUACGUAUGUUUGGAGAGUAUUAGUUCCAAAUCUUUUGGUUAGAGAAGUGCAAAACUAACACAUGACCAAUGUUUAGUAAAAGUUUUUGCAUUUUUACAUGAGCGAAUUUGGGUUGAGAGUGCGAGUGAGAUAGAACACGGUUAAAAACAGAUUUUUUACUACUAACUGCCUAUUUGUCCAUAUAAAAAUGCAAUAAUUUUGUCGAUUUAUAAUGGCAUAUGUCCUAGUCUGUAUUACCAAAAAAAAAAAGAAACUUUCACACAAAUCAUGUGCCAUAACCUGAAAUUUUCGCACACAACCUCAGAGCCGUCAAAGUCAGCGUCACAAAGUACCAAAUUGAUUUUUCACGUGUGACGUUUAACCAAAAACGUGUAAGAACUGGCAGCCGGUAAAAAUCAAAGUUGAGAUACUGCCUCAAUAUUAAAACCUGUGAAAGCAGUGUUCCAUUAAUUAAUUUCGUCACUUCAUACUAAAAAAGAAAAACCCAAAAAAAUCAUCACGUGAUUAAGUCACCGCGUUCCGUUGAGUCACCUUUUCGUUCUUGUACAUAUUGAGUUCCUGGUUGUAUUGCAUUUUUAGGAUACAUCAUCAUGUCUUACAUAAAUAGGAAAAAAAAGAAAUUUACGAUAAUAUAAUAAUAAAUAGCUUUUGCUUGUCAGAUGAAUGUGAAUACAGAGAUGUGUGUUUAAACUCUUGACACAGAGACCGUUUUAUAAGCCAAAAUCUCACUAAUUUAACGAUUUUCGUUUAUGCACGGCCAGCCGUCGGCGCGGCGCGCCCGGGCCCCCCGGGCGCGCCGCCCCUUGCGAGUAUUUAUUAAUAAUGUGGAUUGCGUGGUAGUUGUGCGAGUGUGGUCGCGACAGGGCGAACCUGAGCCGUGCGCGCGGACCGUUCACUAAACCGCGACCAAUUUAAACAAAAUCUGAUCCGGCGCACCACCGGCCGGAGGAAGGGCUCAUCUAUUGGUCGCCUUUUCCUGAUGCAGCCUGUUGCCGGCCCGCCUUUUGUAUGCACCCGGGGCCGGCAGCAGGCUGGUUCCGCGCACAACAUCUUUUAUACAGACUAUAUCAUACGCAACACCUCUGCGGCGGGGAAUGUCGAUUUUCCGCGUUGGCAGACCUGUCGUGCGCGCGCGGGUGUUUUUAUAUUUAUAAGUAAUGUCACAAUAUGAAUAUUAAAAGAACAAAAUAAAUUUUAUUGUCUCGAUUAUAAUCAACCGCUAUUGUUUACGAUUAUGGGCACAACAAAAGCGCAGUGUAGCAACUGUUUUUUUAAGAACGCUGGUUUUUAGAUUAUCGCAACACUUUCUAUCCCUCGUCCCUUCGUUGUGUUGACUUUUGUACGCGACGUCAUCAAUACUGGACACGCGGUCCGGCACAAAUUCUAAUGGCGCAUUUUAAAAUGAGAACUUUUUGGUUAUGUUUCGCAUAGCGUGUGGUCACGGGAUUUUUAUAUUCUUGUGGUGGCAUGCGGUUUUUUUUCAAUGUAGGUUAGAUUGUACUUUUUUAUUGUUAAUGAUUUAAAUUAAAAGCGUAUGGUGUAUGACUACUAUAGCAAACUAUAUGUUAUAUUGUAACGUAAUAAAUAAAUAAACAACA